AUGCGUCAUUCUUUGAUUCUUAGUGUUUCUUCCGCCGUUAUCUUAUUAAUGAGUAGUAUGACGAUGGCAGCUCCUUUGGUGGGCACAGAUGGUGUCACUCAUAUACUUGGAGAUCAAAAUCAACAAGCUGGUGUUCAAGCAGGUACAGGAUUGGAAAAUGUGAUGGUGGAUCUAGUUAAACGUCAUGACAAGAAGAAAAACGAGAACAAAGACAAUAAUGAUACAUCUGAUGAUGCUACUUCUGUAACUGAUGAUAAUCAACAAGGACAACAGGAGGAUGGUCAAGAUACAAGUGAUGAUGCUUCUUCUUGGAAUAAAUCAGAUGAAAAGCAAACAACUCCUUCAGGAGAUGAAUCUACUGAUAUUGCUGGUGUCCAAGUGGCCAAGGAUCCCGUGCAUCAUGUUUUGAGUGAUGCCUCUGCUGGUUCUCCAUUGGUCGGUGUCGAGACAAAUACGCGACAUUUGUUGAAGGGAAAUCCUAGUGACAAGCAAGAUGCUGGUGCUGUGAUGAAUAGACUGGCGAAAGCGGAUGAUGAUGCCUUGGUACGUGAACAUUCAACUCCUGAUUAUUAUGAAGGUGAUGUGGCUCCUGAUGUGAGCACCAAUGGUGUUCUUCAAGCUGUGGACGGGUUAUUAGGAAAAACCUCUUUAGUCUAG